UGUCUUUUGUUUUCUAGGACGUCGUAAGGGACAGGGGAAACUACUUGUCAUCGGACAGUGCCCUCGGUUACUGGGGGAUAUUUGAAGACCCGCUAACAGAAAUACUCUACACUGGAGGGGUUGAAAUGUCGCUCUCAAGAUGAGAAAAAUAAUGACAAGUUCACAGAAGUCGCCAAAACAUGUUUAAGUAACAUGUCCAGUUGGGACAGUCCCACCGUCAACAACAACAACAACAACAACAAAGAUUACAAUAGCGGUAGAUAUAAUGAAAACAGACACCUCAAUAACAGGGAUUCUUAUGACGGUAAUGCGGACAAUAACCACGAAAGUACUCGUAAUACCAACGGAGGCAACGAUAAUGAUUAUGGAAUGUGGAGAAAACAGCAAACUUCUGGAGGAUACGGUUUCGGUUAUGGCUACCCUGAUUCCCAGCGAAACCCAUAUUAUAAUCCUAGAUCAGGGAUUAGAUCGAGGGGUAGCCAAGACAGAAACAGCCAAAGGAAAAACAGUAACAACAGUGCAAAGAACAAUAACACAAAUUCUACGCUUGAAUUACACGAGAGUUCUCCACUGGAACAGGUUGAGCCAUGCAUCAUACACUGCAUUUUUCAAGAGAUGCGUAUGUUAGAUGACUCAGCAGAACCGGACGAAUCAAUGGUAAUAAAAGUAAUGACCAAGAAGAUUCGUGACCCAGAAGUGAGAGACUUUAUUGAAGAAUCUGUUGAAGACUGUUUUGAGUUAUUGGAGAUGGAUAACAAAAGAAAUAAAUGUGAAUAUUCCAAGAAUUUAGCUUUGUGUCUUGAGGAGAAAGGCAGAAGGCUUGUUGAAACAGUCAAUACACCAGGAGACAUCACUUACCUUAUUGGUCCUGUGGUGAAAUUGCUGCCUUGUCACAAUAUCAGUGUUAAGAAAACUGCUUAUUCAGUUCUACCAAGGAUUUGUUCACUUCACCCAGAUGCAUCUUUUCUAGCUGCCAACACGAUAUUGCAGGACUGCAGAGAUCCGAAUCCUGCGGUGAAAUGUUUGGCUGUGUCUACACUUUGUUCUCUUCCACCAUUACUGCAGGAACACGCAGGCCAUGCACUGAAUGCUGCUCUGAAGGAUGGAAAUCCCAGGGUUCGACAAACAGCGGUGAUGGGAUGCUCAAAAGUGUUCAAGCAUGUGCAGCAUCUGAUGUUUGAACAGGGUUUUGUUGAUAGAUUAUAUGAAAGUAUACGAGACAGUGAUCCAGUGGUUGUAACCAGCAGUCUUCUGGUAUUAGAUACAGUACUGGCGUCUGAAGGAGGGGUCGUCGUUAGUCGAAACAUGGCUGCUUACCUUUUACAACGACUGGAAGAUUUCCCAGAUCCACAGUUGGCAACGGUUCUAGAAGUCCUCAGCAAAUACAAACCGCAGGAAGAGGAGGAGUUAUUUAAAGAACUAAGUAUGCUGGAUCCGUUCCUCGUCCAUUCUUCCAGUGCUGCUGUUGUAGUGAACUGUGUAAAGCUGUUCUUGAAGCUUACCGAAGAAAAACACCCUCACCUUAAAACUGAAAUAAUACAGAGAGUCGUAACUGUACUGAAGCAGUUUUUAUCAUCUGGAUCUUCCAGAGAAUCGGCAAACCACGUUCUUGACUUUGUUCUUUUGCUGACUGAAGACAUUGAUUGGCUCGUUCAAUUUUAUGAUUCACCGCAUCUGUUCUAUCCUCAGAAAUAUAACACUGAUUUGGAACUUGCUCUGAAAAAGCUCCGUGUAUUACCGUACAUAUGUACAGAGUCAAAUUUCAAAGAAAUUUUACAUACUUUGGAGGAAAAAUACUGCAGAAUACCAAAGACAUGUACAGAUUCAAUUGCCUGCGUAUGUUUAAUAUCAACUCGCAUGCCUCAUUUUGCUGGUUCUGAAUGUCUUAAUGUUUUAAUUGCGCUGUUGGACAGUGGUGACCAUAUAGCAUGUGACGGCGUUCUUAACAGAUUGCAGGACUUCAACUUGGUUGGUUUCAAGGAUGACGAAAUAAGAACCCUAAUAAGGAAAGUACUAAUGAAAAUCGAUCUGUCUAUAAAAGAUGUUCCUUAUAUUCUCCCUAUUUUAUUAGGAGAAUUUGGAGAACUGGUUGAUGAACAGUCACCGUACGUUCUUGAAUCCUUGGCUCGUAACUUUGAACUCUAUGAUGAUGGUAUGCAGAGUUUAACAUUUACAGCUGCUCUUAAAAUGUUUCUUAAGAUGCCUGCCAAAUGCCAGCACAUUUUUGGAGAAAUUAUGGAGAAAUGUCUUCACGAUAUGAUGAGAAAUGAUUCAGAAAAGAUGCUUGCCUUGCAGCAGAGAGCCUUGAAAUAUUAUCAACUUCUGAAGGUAGAUGUACAUCUCGUGAGAAAAAUGCUGAUAGCACAAUAGCUUUAAACAAUAUAUUUACAUGUGUAAAAGAAAAGUAUACAUGAUACAUUUUGGAGAAUUAAUGAAAGUAAACCGACUACAGAAUGAAUUAUGAAUACUAAUUAUAAUUGAAAUAUAAUUUCCUCCUCCAAGUAA